ACAUAACUAGACGGCGUCGUAAUUAUCACCAUUUUUCCCGAUUUUUUUGUGGGCGGUAGGGCGCGGGGAGGGGGCCGUUUCGGAUGGGGGGCGUGUUUCGGAUGGGGGUUAGCGUCAGAACCUCGAGAAUGUACAUCAGGCUCAGCGGCACCUGUGCCCGUCGUGUGCUAGUGCGCUCGUCACUUUACAUACGCACGAUAACCUCGGAGUCUGCGUGUACAAUGCUGGCUCAUCCUCUCCUUCUCCCCUUUGGAAAGUGGCGUACGUGGACAGGGAUGCAAGUAUGCCCGUGACGCAACCGUGACUUCAUCUCGGCAAUUUCCGUUAGAUCCCGC